AUGGGCUGCGCCAGCAGCACUCCAAUGGUGGCGACCGCGGGCAGUGAAAUGCUAAAAGCCGCCACUCAUGUGGCAGGCGAUGUCAAGAAGCAAGGCGAGGCGGCUGUUGAAGAUGCCACCCAAGCGCUUUGUUCGACCAUUGACACGGCCAAGGAAACGGUGAGCACCGCCGUCGCGGGCAUCACCAAUGAGCUGGGCAGCGCCUUUAAGGAUGGCACCGAAGCACUGGACGAGGCCAAGCACAAGGUAAUGGAGGGUCUGCACUUGGAGGCAAAAACGGACGCAGCGCCCACGGCCGAGCCAAGUACAUCAAGAGCGCCCACGCCCGCGCUUGAGGCAGAUGCGGACAGUCUGAAGACGUCGACGCCGGAGCCGGAGAUUGAGCGAGCGCUGGCCAAUGAAGAGGAGGCGCCGCCAACGCCAAAGCCAUCGCUGCAGGAGCUCGCCGAGCUGAGCGCCCAGGCGAUGAGCGAUACGAAGGCUCUGCCGCCAGCUGCCACGGAGGCAGCCACAGCGGAGGCAGUGCAGCCAGCUGCGACGCAGGCGGCGGCGAGCGUGGAAAAUCGUUGGCAGCAGAAGGAGAAGCAGCAGGAAGAGGAGGAGCUACGUCGUCCCAGCACCACCGAAUGGGAAAAACUGGCCGAUCAGCUGGCCAAGAGUCGCAAAUUUAGACCCUACGAGAGCUUUGCGCAUAGCCAAAAUCACUUUUCCGUCUACAAGGAUUACACCAGCCUGCGCGACAAACCGGGCCAUUAUGAUGGCCACUUCAGCUUCGAGGGCAACUCACAGUCGAGCGCCUCCCAGUCGCAGUCGGACCUGUCCAGCGGCCAACCGACCCCAGCACCGCCCAGACGACGCGGCGGACAGCGUGAAUAUGCCAAGUUCGUGGGCGCCGAGCAGCCGGUCAGUGUGUCGCGCGCCAGUUCGAGGCUCUCGAAUGUUGGCGGCGGCAUCCGAGCCUUUGACUUUAAUCCGCAACGCGAACGCAUCAGCCUGCCCAUUGCCAAGACCGUGGCCACGACAACACGUGUCGGCAGUCGCUCCCUUUGGGCCAGGGGGCAGCCGGCUGUGCUGCCCGAGGAGCCACACAGCACAUACAGUCCGGUUAGGCGCAGCAGCCUGGCCACAGGACUGGGCUUGCGCCCUGCUGCUGCUGCUGGCGACAUUCAUCAACUGCCCUUAGCCAGAUCCACCUCGAACUUGUCCCGCUCCACGCUGCCACGCAAGCAGAAGCCACAGUCCCGACUGCCCACGGCAGAGGCGCCCGUGCCAGUCAGUCGACGAUUCCUGGACCUAACCCACACACAGAUGGAACCCAUAAGAGUUGAGCGCAUAAGCGUACCGCUACCUGUACACAAGCCGGGCAAAGAUCAGGCCAAGCACCAGCUAAGUGAGACGCUUAAAUCGAUGCUGGACUCGUCAAGAGACAUCAGCUCCGCGCUGCUGCUGGCCACGCCCUCAACGGUUAGCUCGCUGCUGCACAGCCCCUCGGCAGCGGAUCGCGCUGACGCCAGCCUUAAAAUGCCAACGCCUUUGGCGGCACGCGGCAACGGCAAAUCAACUGACACAAAGGCCACGCCCAGCACAACGCCUUCAAGGCGGUCUCCUGCAUCAUUUACAAAGCAGCCGCUAGAAGAUGGAAUACAUAUCCUGCCCAAGUCCAGCACAGCAACUACAACACCUCAGAGAAUUAACUCCUUGCCACACUCACCUCAAAGAGCCAAGCCGCAUGCUGUUGCUCCAAUCUUUAGCGCAACUGUCACCAGAUCGCCCGCCGCGUCGCGUGCUUCUUCGCGCCUCUCCUCCAACAGCAGCAGCACUGAGGUGGUCGUCAGACCCUUGAGUCAUCUGAACACGCCCAGCGCCGUCUCGCUGUCACCAGAUCAGGUUGUCAUGAUGGCGUACGAUGACAGCGACUUGGAGGCAGCCCUGGCCCGGCUGGCCGACUGGCGUGGCUCGACCAUAACGCUGCAGUCUAUGCGUUCCGGCAGUUCGCGUUUGGGUCGCAACUCAACUGCCUCGCGACGCACUUCACCCUGGAUUAGACGUCAAGUGGAGCACAAUGGCAGUCAGGAGUUGAAAGGCUUUGGCAACUGUGGCAUAAUCGAGCUGACCUCGCCAGCUAAAGCAGCUCCCCAGCUGCUCGAGCGCUGUGAAAUCUGUUGUAAUGAAUUUGUGAUGAAAUAG